AUGGCGCUGGAGCGGGCGCUGCAGGCGGCGCGACAGGGCGACGUGGAGGCGCUGCGGGGGCUGCGGGCGGCCGGGCUGCUGCGGCCGGGGCUGCGGGACGCCCUGGGCGCGUCCCCCGCGCACCACGCCGCCCGCGCCGGUCGCCUCGCCUGCCUCCGGUACCUGGCGGCCGAGGCCGCGCUCCGAGGGGACGCGCGGGCGCGAAACGGGGCCACGCCGGCCCACGACGCCGCCGCCACCGGCAACCUCGCCUGUCUCCAGUGGCUGCUCACGCAGGGGGGCUGCGGCGUGCAGGACACAGACAACUCUGGUGCCACCAUCCUACACCUGGCAGCCCGCUUCGGUCACCAUGAGGUGAUCGACUGGCUCCUCCGCUUUGGAGGCAGCGACCCCACGGCAGCCACCAACACGGGAGCGCUGCCCGUCCACUACGCCGCGGUGAAAGGGGAUUUCCCUUCCCUGCGACUCCUCUUGGGACACUGCCCCAGUACGCUGAGUGCCCAGACCAAGACGGGGGCCACCCCGCUGUACCUCGCCUGCCAGGAAGGCCACCUGGAGAUCAUCCAGUACCUGGUGCAGGACUGUGGGGCUGACCCCCACGCGCGCGCCUAUGACGGCAUGACCCCUCUGCACGCCGCCGCCCAGAUGGGCCACAACACCGUCAUCGUAUGGCUGAUGAGCUUCACCACGGUGAGCCUGUCGGAGCGGGAUGCCGAGGGUGCCACGGCCAUGCACUUCGCCGCCAGCCGCGGCCACGCCAAGGUGCUGAGCUGGCUGCUGCUGCACGGCGGGGAGAUCACUGCCGACGGCUGGGGCGGCACCCCGCUGCACGAUGCCGCCGAGAAUGGCGAGCUGGAGUGCUGCCAGAUCCUGGUGGUGAACGGUGCCGACCUCAGCAUCCGUGACCAGGAUGGCUACACGGCAGCCGACCUCGCCGACUACAAUGGCCACAGCCACUGCGCCCAGUACCUGCGCACCGUGGAGAACAUGAGCGUGGAGCACCGCGUGCUGUCACGAGACCCCUCGGCGGAUGGGGAAUGCCGACAGCCCGACUCGGGCAUGUCAUCGCCCAACACCACGGCGUCGGUGCCCCAGGCGCGCUUCGAGGUGGGCUCCCCUGCCAGCACCCUCUCCAACUACGACUCCUGCCACUCCAGCCAGUCCAGCACCGGGGAGAAGAGGGGCGGCCUCCCAGGGGCCCCCGCCGCCCGUGAGUGCGGGGCCAGGGGGCGCGGGGCGGGGGGUGCGGGUCCAGCCCCCCCUGACCCCCUGCCCUGCGCAGGGGUGCCUGAGCCGGCGCUGGCGGACAUGCAGGCGUACAUGGACAUGCUGGACCCUGAGAUGCGGCCACGGGGCCGGGGCCCAGCAAGCGAGGGUCCCCCGCCGCCACCACCCCCUGCCUUCCCCCCGCCACCACCCCCACCCCCCAGCACCCGGCCACCCCCUCCACCCCCUGGCUACCCUGCACCUGCGCCCCCCGCUGCCCCCCACACCGCUGACAUCUACGUGAGGGCCAAGAACAACCUGCGGCACGUGGAGAGCCAGGCGCUGCGCCGAGAGCUGGCAUCGCGUGACAGCAGCCCCGAGGGCCUGCGCCGGGCCGACUCCAGCAGGCGGUCAAGGAAUUUCGGCAAGCAGCCGAGCACCGGUGACUACUACAAGCACCUGGGGCACGUCGUGGCCGAGCAGCCAGGCCCCCAGCGAAUGGCGCACACCGAGGAGGCAUCACCCAUCUCGGCGGACACCAUGAGCAAUGGGGAGAGCAAGUCUGGUGCCGAGCUGCCGCCUCCACCGCCGCCCCCACCACUGCCCGACACCGCCUGCCCGACGCCCCCACCGCCGCCUCCACUCGCCGAGACUCCCGGGGGACCCCGCCGCUCCUCCUCCUCCACGGGAAGCACCAAGUCCUUCAACAUGAUGUCCCCCACCGGCGACAACUCGGAGCUGCUGGCCGAGAUCAAAGCUGGGAAGAGCCUCAAGCCAACGCCACAGAGCAAAGGCUUCACCACUGUUUUCUCCGGCAGCGGCCAGGCAGGGGCCAACGCAGAGUCGCCAGUGUCCUCCCCGUCACCCACCAGGACGCCCACCCCGCCGGCCACCCCCGAGGCUGCUGGGCCACCACGCUGCCUGGCAGGGGGCUCUCCGGAGCCCGUGCUGAACGGGAGCUCGCCGGUGCCGGCAGCAGGCGCUGGGCCAGCGGCGGAGGUGGAGGCGCUGGUGCCGAGCCAGGACGAGCACGGCCGGCCCAUCCCCGAGUGGAAGCGGCAGGUGAUGGUUCGCAAGCUGCAGCUCCGCAUGCAGGAGGAAGAGGAGCAGCGGCGCAAGGAGAAGGAAGAGGAGGCGCGCCUGGCCAGCAUGCCGGCCUGGAGGAGGGACAUCCUGCGCAAGAAGCUGGAGGAAGAGAGGGAGCAGAAACGGAAAGAGCAGGAGAAGCUGAAGCGGGAGGAGGAGGAGAAGGAGAAGGAGCAGUCGGAAAAGCUAAGGACUCUCGGGUACGAUGAGACAAAGCUGGCGCCCUGGCAGCGACAGAUCAUCCUCAAGAAAGGGGACAUAGCCAAGCACUAGCCACGCCACACCGCACCCUGGCUCUUCGCAGCAGGAGGAGACUGGCAGGUCCUCCCACGGACCGCGACAUGCUUCGGCACCCUCCUCCUGCCGUGGAUGGCCACAUAGCCCAUCCCACAGAAACCCCCCCACCGCCCCAGGCACCCGUAGCCCCCCCUACCCCACACCCCGCUGCCGCCAGCCCGCCGCUCCCCCGUGCUGCCCGUUGCAAAGCGAGCCGCGGCGGCGUGGGACGCGCGG